GUGUGCGUUCAACGUUUUAUAUUCAGACAUAGUUGAAGAUGGCGUCUUCACCUUUUAUUGUUUCAUACGUGUUUUUGAUUUUGAAUUGUUUCACUCAAUCAUUUGCCGAAACCUCUGAAAUUUUGAAUGACAACCCCGAAUGGAAAUUGGCAUUGAAAAAAAUUGAAGAGCUGCAGAAGACAGUCAAGAUUCAAAACGAUCGCAUUGCCAUGUUAGAAAUGCAAUCCAGAGAAUCAAGCAAUCUGGCGUUGACCGACUUACAAAAUACUAUAAAACACCAAAGUGACCAAAUUACCAAAUUUGAGGCACGGAUCCAGGAUUUUGAGACAAUAUUAGCCACUGAGGAAAAUGGACCAAUUAAAAACAUCGAUCCCGAACCAAUGAGUGAAUCCAAUAAAAUCAACUUUAGUGAUAAACCGAAACUGGUUAGAAAAGGGCGAUUACUUCUCCAACAAAGAACAAUACCGGCGGAAAGCGUUGCAUUUUAUGCUUAUUUUUCCACUACUAUUCCUGCAUCGAGUGCUUUCCAUAUUCUUGCCUUUGAUAAUGUGAUAACAAACGUCGGAAAUGCCUAUCACCCCCACUCUGGGACAUUCAUUGCACCAAGGUCCGGUCUGUAUGUGUUUACCUGGACAAUCAGACAAUGGGGACAAAGAUAUCAUACAACUGAACUUUUGGUUAAUAAUAUUGUCGUCAACUCGAUCUACCUGAAUCCAGUAAACACUAUCGACGGUGGUGUCACUGGCACUGUCGUUGUUCAAGUCAACCAGGGCGAUGAUGUCCUCGUUAGAACUGGGAUAACAUCCGCUGGAGAAAUUACCAGCGCUGCCUCGGGUCGAUCAUCGUUUGCCGGAUGGCUGUUGAUGUAA